CAUGAUUGCAUGCACCUUCUCGGUCCUUCAGUUUGCUCUUUGGAUCAUGCGCUCUCUGAUCUCAAGUGAAUUGAAUUGAGGAGACGGAAAACCCGAUAUUUCUUGUGGGAUUUUAUUCGAAAAGCCGUGAGAGGAAAUGUGGCAUUAACAAUGCGAGUUGAUAAUGAAUCUACGCUACCUUAUACCUGUGCUUAUCCUAAUUCAUUUGGCAAAUGUCUGCCUGGCCAAUAUUGGCAAACGUCAGAGGUUGGCUAUCCCUGAAGUGGAGGAUGGCGAGUUGGUGGCGUUAAUCAAAGCCAAUCUAUACGUUAGUGUUCUCUACCAUGAUAACUCGAAGAUUAGCGUGAAAACUUUGAGCGACUUGGAGCUGAUCAAAGGGGACGCCGACGCAUUUGACGUCAUUUUCGUUCGGGUUCAAAGUCACGCCCCAUUGGAACUCCUGGAUGAUUCUCCUCCACCUUCCUCCUCCAUGCCCUCGUCUUCUUCCUCCAUGUUUGCCAAUGAUCAUUUUGAAGCCUUAGACAACAACAACAACAACAAGAGUUCCCCAAAGAUCCCGGAGAAGAUUAUUCCCGCGGUGACUGUGGUACUUUACAAAAAAGGAAUUGGAACGAGAUAUCCUGGACGAGCUGAUAGGCAAUCGGCCUUGUUCCGGUGGAUGAUCACUCAGAUAUUCUGCCACAAAGAUCGAGCAUUGGACAUAUCUAUGGAACAAUUCGACAUUUUGCUCCGAUCUUUUAGAAACUUUGUUUUUAUAGCUCAUUCACAAGGUGUCAAAAAAUCCCGUCGUUUGAUUCAACAAAUCUCCAAGCCCAAUAACGUGUGUUCCUUGGUGGAUAACACUCUCAUCGUCAACAGUCGAGACACUGCUCUCUUUGACAAGUUGGGUGUGGAUAUCGACAAGGUUCCCAUCAUCUUGAACAUCAUUCAUGGGAUCUCCAUUGAGUUCACAGAGGAUCCCAAGAAUACGACGGGGGUAUUGGAGUGGAUCAGAGCAGCCGCUCAUGGCAAGGUGAAACAAGUGACCGAGUCCAAUAUUCGAAAGGUUCUCAAACGCGAGGACCUCUUGCUCAUACUGUUCCACGACGACAAGCAACGCCCAUUGGCAGCUCAAUUGAAGGUGGCCUUGAUUGAUCUUGAAACCCUAUUUGGUUUGGCCGUGGUUACGGUGAGCGACGUGAAGGUGGCUUACUCCAUGGGCGUGGGCACCUUUCCCGCCGUGAUUCUCUUUGACAAUGGUCAGGCUCAUCAAUUCGAAGGUGAAUUCGUUCACGAGGACGUGGCAAUUGAGAUCAAGAACUGGGUGGCUCUUCACAUUGAGAAUCGAGAGGAGACCGUCAUUCGAACCAUCGAGCCGGAGUAUCUCAAGAGUCAUCCCAACGAAUUUAAGAACGUUUUGCUCAAGGAACACAAAGAUUCCAUCCGAAAGCUGUCUACAGAAUACGCCUCAUUGCUCAAACAGAAUGAAAAACUAAAGGAGAUCAUUCACGGAGCCAUGGAUAUUUUGAAAACCGACUUGUUGGAACAGGUUCCAAGUGAAGAGCCGGAAAAUGAACCGUCUAAAUCGGAAAGUCGAGGAGCUAGUUUGUCGGCAGAAUGCGGGGAAUGCUUAGCUUCCGUGGGACAAGCAGUGUGGAACUGUGGUACCCUAGAAAUCGAAUGCAUUAAGAAUACCAUCGAGCUUGGGUCCGAGUGCUUUGGUUGUAUUUGUGAGAUCUUCGACUAUUGGUGGCCAGAUGAUGCUCCGAACUGCUUCAAAAAGGAGAUCCAAAAAAUUGUACGUCCCAAUGGAACCGACAUCACAGGAAAUGGAACCAUGAAACGCGUAGUCAGCAACAAUGCCAUGAAUCAGAGGCUCAAAGGCGUGGUUAAGAUUGAGGCUCAUGAAAUUUCGCAAGACGAGACCCGAGAUGAAGCCAGCGAGGACGACGAGAGUCAGCAGAGCUUGUCUGACUCGGAAGCUCAAGAUCAAGAUCCACCCGAUGCCUCGAAAAUUGAGUUAUAGUUCCAUGUGGUUACAACUGAUAUGCAAUGAUGCCAUAGGCACAUACACAUAUGUAUUAAUUCACGCUAUCAAUUACAAUAUUAAUGAUAAUAAUAAUAAUGACAAAAGUAAU